CGGCCUGUAGGACGGGAGUCUGGUUGGAAACGGACGAUAUCCCUCUUGACUCGUGCGCGUCUUUGACGUAUCCUGCCGUGAGCGGAAGUGUCUGGGAUAUUCUGCUCAGCCCAUCCAUCCAAAACAGUCGUUUGUAAAAAAAAAAAAAAAAAAAAAAAAAAAAAGACGGAGCGAACACCGUCUUGCAUCUCUUCCCACACCAUAUCCAUCAGCCUGGCGCACCAUUUACACAUCUAUCAGCUCGGGACAUGCGCUCUCAGGUCUGCGCAAUCGACGUGAACGCCUGCUUGGACACAGGAAAGGAUUAAGUUACUGCUGCUGCUGGCCGCGGAUUAUUUUAUUGGCCUCCUGUCACGCCCGCGUCUGUCCGUGGUGAUCCUUUUUCCAAUUAAGAGAGGUCGCUCAAAAAGCCAGAUAUGUCUUUCCGGCGAGGUGUGGUAAGGCAGAGCAAGUUCCGCCAUGUCUUUGCCCAGGCAUGGAAAGCCGAGCACUGCAUCGAUGAUGUCCGGGUGUCCCGGGUGACGUGGGACUCUCCACUCUGCGCAGUCAACCCCAAAUUCAUCGCUGUCAUCAUCGAAGCAGGUGGAGGAGGGUGCUUUCUCGUUGUUCCCAUCAACAAGAGCGGCAGGAUCGAUCAGUCCUGUCCAACAGUGUGCGGCCAUGCGGCACCGGUGCUGGACAUCCAGUGGUCUCCUCAUGAUGACAACAUCAUUGCAAGUGCCUCGGAGGACUGCACAGUAAAGGUGUGGCAGAUCCCAGACGGGGGCUUAACAAGUCCGAUGACCGAGGCCAUUGUGACCCUCGAGGGACACAGUAAAAGGGUGGGCAUCCUGGCUUGGCACCCAACUGCCUUCAACAUCCUCCUAACUGCAGGCUGUGAUAACGUGAUUUGCGUGUGGAACGUGGGCACGGGGGAGCUUGUGUACCAGCUGAGUGAUGCUCACCCAGACCUGAUCUAUAGCGUCAGCUGGAACAAGGAUGGAAGUGCCGUGUGUACAGUCUGCAAGGACAAAGCCCUGCGUGUCAUCGACCCACGAAGAGGCACUGUGCUCAAGGUGAAAGAGAAGGUCCACGAUGGCACCAGACCAAUGAGAGCUGUGUUCCUCUCAGAUGGGAAGAUCCUGACCACAGGAUUCAGCCGUAUGAGCGAGAGACAGCUGGCCUUGUGGGAUACAAAAGAUCUCUCUGAGCCAAUGGCCGUACAGGAGAUGGAUACAAGUAAUGGGGUUCUUCUACCCUUUUAUGACCCUGACACAAACAUGGUGUACCUGUGUGGAAAGGGGGACUGCACCAUCCGGUAUUUUGAAGUGACAGAUGAGUCCCCGUAUGUUCACUUCCUCAGCUUAUACAGCAGUAAGGAGCCUCAGAGAGGUGCAGGCUUUCUUAGUAAAAGAGGUGUGGAUGUCAACAAGUGUGAAAUUGCCAGAUUCUACAAACUGCAUGAAAGGAAGGUUGAACCCAUUUCCAUGACCGUACCACGAAAGUCAGAUCUGUUCCAGGGAGACCUUUACCCGGACACAGCUGGCUUGGAGCCUGCUCUUCUGGCUGAUGAGUGGAUCGCUGGGCAGGAUGCACCGCCCCUGUUGGUCUCCCUGAGCGGUGGGUACUCGGCUCCUCCAUCCAAGCACAGAGACACCCUCAGGAGCAAGCCCAAGCUUGUCUCACAGGACUCUGGGUCCGGGGCGGCGGCACCUGCAGCAGGCAAUGCAGCAGCCCCAGUGUCUACAUCUACCACCGCUGCAAAGGAGACAGAAGAAGAGGUGCCACGAGUAGCCACAAGAGAGACAGAUGGAAAUACUGACAGGCCAAAGCGAGAAGACGACUUGUUGAACGAGUUGUUGGCAGAAAUGAAGGCCCUUCGUGCUGUCGUUCUUGCUCAGAGCCAGAGAAUCGAGUUGCUGGAGCGGCAGCUAGCUCGGAUUGAGGAUGGGGAUGUAUGAGCAAGGGGGACAACCACUACAUUCGGAGGGCAUUCUUACUAAAUCUAUAGAACAUAGCCUUACUAGAAUCAACAGUACCUUAAGCUGUGUGAGUGGGGGAAUGUAGUGUAGGGUAAUGACUACAAACAGAUCAACCAUUGUGUCGAAAAUAAGACCACAAUUUGUUUCUGUGAUUCUUUUUACAGACCGUGGCUGAGAUCGGGGUGUCAUCUGCAUAGAGUGAUUUCUGUCAUAUGAAGGAGUAUUGUAACAAUUAUUUGGUGCAUAUAGUGCAGCUUUGCAAAAAUCCAGUUUUUGUUCAUUUUGAAGGGCUAUGGCACCACAGACUCGUAUUGCUGCACAAUGUAGUAACAAGCAGCAUUAUAUGAAAGCUAAUGAAGGUUAACAUAAUAUAGCAAAGCGAUUAAGCACCUCCAAUAUGAUUUUUUUUUCUUUGAAGCACUCACAAACGUAACCAUUAGGGCUAUUUAAUCAGGUAGUUAAAGCUGCUAAACUGUGAUAUCAUAUCAGACCCCAAUUGUUGACCCAUUGUGACUUGUGCUUUGUACUUCAUUAUAAGAUACCGUCUGUAAGGUUAGGAAAAGCUUCUGGUACAGAGAUCAUAACUUUGACCAUGUGAAUGAUAGCAGAUGAGAGUGUAGUUGAAUAUUUAUGUGUACUGUAACUCUGUGUAGUCUUUGCAGUCAAUGAAAAGGUAACACUUGUGAUUUUGUACCUCAUGUUGUCAAGAGAGAACAGCGGCUUUGUGAAGUUUUCUGUAACGUCCUGAGGCACAAUAUUUUUUAGAAUUAGCAUUAAGAUAUUUGUCCUCUGGAAUCUCUCUUCAAAAUUUUUGCUUCUUUCCUUCUUUUGGCAUGUGUGGAAAGGCUGCAGUACCACAUGCCCCCCUAAAGAACCAGGAUCUUGGCUGGGUAUUUACCAUGCAGUGCCCCAUACACUACUUGCCACUUUGUAUUUGCCACUUCUUCCAAGCCUUUUUUCAGAGCAUAAGCAGUGGUCACAGGGCAUAAGUUGUGCCGUAUACAAACACUAACUCCAGUGCAAUUUCACCAGAACACACUAGAUGUAUUCAGAAUACCAAUUGAGAAAAGGGCAGUCGCAAGAAAGAGGAAGUUAAAAUGAAAUGUGAAACAUUUUCUACUGUUUGCAAUUGUAUUGGUGUUAAACGAUGGAAACAUUUAGAGUUUUGUUUGUUUUUAUUUUUAAGUUUUGUGGGGUUUUUUGCCAUUACAUUUAGAGGCAUUUAUUUGUCACCUCCCCUAUCAGUCAAUUGUAGUGUAACUAUGGUACAUUCCACAUCAAACUUAACCCUUUAUUACUUUAGUAAUUUAUAUUUCUUUAUGCACUGACUUCUUAACACUUUAUCUCUGUGGUUGCAAAGCCAGUAGCAGGUUAAAUGAGAGUACAAUGUGCAAACUCAAUAAACAUUCAUUCCUCCUUUGUA